AUGAUGAACGCCGACUGCGAGGACGGAGGAGUACAACUUGGAGGCUCCCAAAUCGUGGAAACUUCGUCAUACGUAUACCUCGAACGUUCUAUGAACAUGGAAAACGACUUGAAGGAAGAACUGAACAGAAGAAUGAGAGCAGCAUGGGCAGCAUUCGCAGCCGUCAGAGAAGCUAAAGACCAACUGACGGACCAAGAUCUUCGUACCCAUCUGUUCAACUCGACAGUCCUUCCAGCGCUCUGUUACGCAGCGGAGACGUGGGCAGACACCACUGCCACGUCUAGAAAGCUACUUACUAUCCACAGAGCCCUUGAGAGAUGUCUUCUGAAGUUUAACCGGCGCACACAUAGACAUAGAUGGGCCGGUCACAUCAUGAGAAGAAUCGACGAUAGAUGGACUAAAAGAACGCUAGAGUGGACCCCAAGAGAUGCUAAACGCCCUCGAGGUAGACCACCAACGAGAUGGGGUGACGUGUUCGCAACACGGAUGGACCAGCUGAGAGCUCAGCUGGAUACCGCUCAAGGACCUCGUCAAUGUCACUCAAGAAACUUGAAAACAUCUCGGAUGACAAUGGCGAGGGAACGAAGCGAGGGGAAGAGAUGCUGGGGCCCGCACGUCCAGUGGAAACGGGCCAUCUAA